GAGAGAAAAUAAUUACUAGCUCCAAACGCACCCUUAGGUACAAUCCCCCAUCUCCAGGCGAAGGCCAGCGGGAGCUCCGUAACUGAACCUCACCGUCUCUCCUCCCCCCAUCCCCCCCUCUCUCUCUCCACAAACUUAUAUGCCGGCGAGUCUCAACAAUGGUUUCCAUCACUUCGGCCGAAUUGAACUAUCUAAUCUUCCGUUACCUUCAAGAAUCAGGGUUUACACAUGCAGCUUUUGCAUUAGGAUAUGAGGCGGGGAUUAACAAAAGCACAGUUGAUGGAAACUUAGUUCCACCUGGUGCGCUUGUUACAUUUGUGCAAAAAGGAAUCCAGUAUCUUGAGCUGGAAGCAAACUUGAGCUGUAGCGAUACAGAAAUGGAAGACGAUUUCUCAUUCCUCCAACCUUUGGAUCUUAUAACAAAGGAUGUUUAUGAACUAAGAAAGAUUAUAAAAGAGAAAAAGGAAAACCUUCAGCAGGAUAGACAGAGAGACAUUGACAAAGAUACUAAUGAACCUGACCGUGAACAUGAAAGAGAACAUGCACACACAAAGGAGAAGGAAAAACCACAAAGGGAGAAAGAAAAAGAACAAGAUAGAGGAAGGGUAGAGAAACAUAAAGAGCAAAAGGGAAAAGGAAAGGAAAAGCCGCAUGAGGAUCAUAUUGAUUCCAAACAAGGAGAUAAGGUCAUCAUUCGACAUGAAGAAAAUGGACACAAUGAAGGACCAGAGCCAAUGGAAAUAUGUACAAGCUCAACGUCCUUGCCUUGUGAAAUUCCUAACAGUGAUGUUACAGUACUGAGAGGCCAUAACUCUGAGGUUUUUGCAUGUGCGUGGAGUCCAGCGGGUUCGCUUCUUGCCUCAGGGUCUGGAGAUGCAACCGCAAGGAUUUGGACCAUUGGAGAUGGGCCUUGCAGUUCAGGCAUUCAACCUGGGCCCGCCAGUGUUGUCUUGAAACAUUGCAAAGGUAGAACCAAUGAGAAGUGCAAGGAUGUCACGACGCUUGAUUGGAAUGGGGAGGGAACUCUACUUGCAACAGGAUCAUAUGAUGGCCAAGCAAGAAUAUGGAAUACAGAUGGAGAGUUGAUGACUACCUUAAAUAAACAUAAAGGACCAAUCUUUUCUUUGAAGUGGAACAAGAAGGGUGACUAUCUUCUUAGCGGGAGUUUUGAUGAAACAGCAAUUGUGUGGGACAUAAAGACAGGGGAAUGGAAACAACAAUUUGAAUUUCAUUCAGCUCCUACGCUCGAUGUUGAUUGGCGAAAUAACAUUUCAUUUGCGACAUGCUCCACGGACCACAUGAUAUAUGUUUGCAAAGUUGGAGAGAACCGACCAGUCAAAACUUUCUCAGGGCAUCAGGGUGAAGUUAACGCCAUCAAAUGGGAUCCUACAGGCUUGUUGUUGGCUUCCUGCUCUGAUGACUCUACUGGAAAGAUAUGGAGCAUGAAGCAAGAUACAUAUGUGCAUGAUUUGAAGGAGCAUUCCAAGGAGAUAUACACCAUUAGAUGGAGUCCUACAGGGCCUGGAACUCACAACCCUAAUCAGCAAUUAGUGCUGGCCAGUGCCUCUUUUGACUCAACAAUAAAGCUGUGGGAUGUGGAGUUAGGGCGCGUUCUCCACAGCUUAAAGGGUCACAGGGAUUCUGUAUACUCUGUUGCAUUCAGCCCCAAUGGUGAGUAUUUGGCUAGCGGGUCAUUAGACAGAUGUCUGCAUAUAUGGUCUGUGAAGCAAGGCAAGCUUGUGAAAACAUACACCGGGACCGGUGGCAUAUUCGAAGUUUGCUGGAACAAGGAAGGUGACAAGGUUGCUGCUUGUUUCUCAAACGAGGUAGUUUGUGUUUUCGAUUUUCGUAUGUAGAGUUUGUCUAUGUAGCAACCUUCACACUAAACUUUUGGGGUUGUGUCUUUCUUAAGGAAGAAAUCAUCUCUGAAGCAUUCUUUUGCAAUACAGAAGAUGUGUUGUGCAAAAAAUAGUAAAAGAGACUUCUUAGGUAACUACUUACAUUACUUACUGAUAGAGUAGUCUGGUUGUUUCUGACAGCAACUGUGGUCUAAAUUAGGAUUUAUGCAUUCCGUUUGUACACCCAUCGAAUGGAUAUUGGUAGUGUGUUUAUCUCAUUGUGUUAGCUACAA